CAACAGCCGCCCAGGCCCGAGGGCGCCAUGAGAAGCCCGCGCUGCGCCCGCCUGCUGCUCCUACUGCUGCUGCUGCCGCCGCUGCUGCUCACACCUCCCGCCGGCGACGCCGCGGUCAUCACCGGGGCCUGCGACAGGGACCCCCAGUGUGGUGGAGGCAUGUGCUGUGCUGUUAGUAUCUGGGUUAAGAGCAUACGGAUUUGCACACCGAUGGGCAAAGUGGGAGACAGUUGCCAUCCGAUGACUCGUAAAAACCAUUUUGGAAAUGGAAGGCAGGAAAGAAGAAAGAGGAAGAGAAGAAAAAAGAAAAAGGUUCCGUUUUUUGGGCGGAGAAUGCAUCACACGUGUCCAUGCCUGCCCGGCUUGGCCUGUUCACGGACUUCGUUUAACCGAUAUACUUGUUUAGCCCGGAAGUAA